CACUGGAUUCUUAAUAUUGCACUGGUGCAGUGGUAAACGGUACACUUCCCACUAAAGAGGAACGGUGUCGGACCGGCGAGCAUUCAGCUGGAAGAGCUAUAGGGUCAAAAAACAGCCAACAUGCCCAAAGUCAACGUACCUGAGACUGAUGAUCAUAUGCGAGCGAUCGCUGAGCGGGUCUUCGCUUCAGAGACCAAAGAUGAAGAUGUCCGUGAGGAGAUCUCUCUGUUCGGUGUGGCUGAUGACUGUCCAAUCCUAAACCAGGAGAUGGCAGAUCAUGUGGCCCAUGAUGAUGACGUAGAGAAGCGUAUGAAGCUUAUGAACCGCGCUCAGCCCCUGUUAGAUGACAAGCCAACCUAUUUAGAAGUGCCUCACUUCCAGAGAGUGUCCAUCACUGGAGACUACGCUGCUGGGGUGACCAUGGAUGACUUUGAGCUGGCUUGUAAGGGUCUGUAUCGUGCACUGACCAUCAGAGAGAAAUACAUGAAAAUGGCCUUCCAGAGAUUCCCCAUCACCCCAUCUCAGUUUUUACGCAAGAUUGAAGGAGAAGAGUGGAAGCCUGAAGAUCAGGUGCUUCCAGUCUUUACUCCUCCUCCGAAGGCUGACGAGGAUCCUUUUGACACUAAAAAUCUUCCUGGAAACAUCGGCUACGUUGCUCGUAUGAAGGAUGGUGUUAUCUACGUCUAUAAAGACGCGGCGUCUGCUGAUAAACACCAGCCUCUGAAUCAUCCCGGUCCAGACCUCGUGACUUUUAUCGACGAUAUGAACUUCCUUAUCGCCUUGAUUGCUCAGGGCCCAACAAAGACAUACACGCAUCGUCGUCUGAAGUUCCUGAUGUCAAAGUUCAACGUGCACGAGAUGUUGAACGAGAUGGAGGAAAUGAAGGAACUGAAGAACAAUCCCCACAGGGACUUUUACAACUGUAGGAAGGUCGAUACUCACAUUCACGCUGCCGCCUGCAUGAACCAGAAGCAUCUUCUGAGAUUCAUUAAGAAGUCCUACCGCGUGGAUGCAGAACGGGUGGUGCAAGUUUUGAAGGGCAAAGAAGUGACUAUGAAGGAACUUUUUGAAUCUCUUAACCUGCAUCCAUAUGAUCUGACUGUAGAUUCCCUGGAUGUGCAUGCUGGCCGUCAAACCUUCCAGCGCUUUGAUAAAUUCAACGCCAAGUACAAUCCUGUGGGAGCCAGCGAGUUGCGUGAUCUUUACCUUAAAACUGAAAACCACAUAUCUGGAGAAUACUUUGCAACCAUAAUUAAGGAAGUGGCGAGUGAUCUAGAAGAUGCCAGAUAUCAGUACGCAGAACCCAGACUGUCCAUCUAUGGCUGUAACCCUAAUGAGUGGACUAAACUUGCCAACUGGUUUAACAAACACAGAGUCCUUUCACCUCAAUUCAAGUGGAUGAUCCAAGUUCCCAGAAUCUAUGACAUUUUCAGGGGAAAGAAGUUUGUGCCACAUUUUGGAAAGAUGUUGGAAAACAUCUUCCUUCCAGUUUUCCAGGCCACCCUUGACCCACAGUCCUACCCGGAGCUCAGCAUCUUCUUAAAGCAUAUCACAGGCUUUGACAGCGUAGAUGAUGAGUCCAAACACAGCGGUCAUAUGUUCUCCACAAAGAGCCCUAAGCCCGAGCAGUGGGACAUGCCGAAAAAUCCAUCAUACUCUUAUUGGAUUUACUACAUGUAUGCAAACAUCACCCGGCUCAACCAGCUUCGCAAGGAGAGAGGCAUGAACACAUUCCAGUUCAGACCUCAUUGUGGAGAAGCUGGAGCCAUAACCCAUCUGCUGGCCUGUUUCAUGACUGCUGACAACAUCUCUCAUGGUCUCAACCUCAAGAAGAGUCCGGUCCUACAGUAUCUGUAUUAUCUGGCCCAGGUUCCCAUUGCCAUGUCCCCACUCAGCAACAACAGUCUGUUCUUGGAGUAUAACAAGAAUCCUCUGCUGGAGUUUCACAAGAAAGGUCUGAUGGUGUCUCUGUCCACCGAUGACCCCAUGCAGUUCCACUACACUAAGGAGCCUCUUAUGGAGGAGUACGCUAUUGCAGCUCAGGUUUUCAAGCUCAGCACCUGUGACAUGUGUGAGAUCGCCAGAAACAGUGUUCUCCAGAGCGGAUUAUCUGCUGAGGAGAAGGUAAAGUUUCUUGGUGAGAGCUACCUGAAGGACGGUCCGGAGGGCAAUGACAUCCGCAAAACCAACGUGGCUCAGAUUCGCAUGGCCUACCGCUAUGAGACCCAGUGUUAUGAGCUUAAUCUUAUCAAACAGGGUCUGAUGGCUGACUAAAACACACACACUCUCCCUUCAUUAUGUUUAAAACAUUUCUGCUAUCAUUUAACAUGUUUUUAAAUGAGGACGACAUUCAAAAAUGGCCUUCUUGUACAGGUGUCUGUGUAUGGCUUGUCCAAUCUUGUGUCUUACCUUUAACACUGUUUUACUGCAGUAUGUUUACAUCUCCUUUGUGCCUUAAUGUAUUUUUGUUUUUGUCAAAACUGCUACAAGAAAGAGCUGACAUAAUAAAUAAUAUAAGUUUAAAAACA